GUCACUUGAGAGUUAGUAGUUAGACGUGGAUCCGAGUUUAGUCGGAUUUCUUUGAUUUUUGGCAGUUGAUCUGGGAUCUUUACAAAUAUGCCGGAAAGUGUCUCAAAGACAUUUAAACAGAGAAAAAGCUUUGCUGUUAGGAAAGAUGAAGUGGCGGGAAUCAGGUCCAAGUUUCCAACUAAAGUUCCAGUGAUUGUGGAAAGAUACCAUAAGGAAAACCAGCUCCCUCUACUGGACAAAACCAAGUUCUUGGUUCCACAAGAGCUCACCAUGUCACAGUUCGCCACAAUCAUCAGGAAUAGGAUGUCACUAAAUGCUAACCAAGCGUUUUACCUGAUUGUGAACAACAAGAGUAUAUCAAGCAUGUCUAUGACUCUGGCAGAGGUUUAUCGGGAUGACAAGGACGAGGAUGGAUUUUUAUACAUGACAUAUGCAUCACAAGAAAUGUUUGGUUGAUAUUUCACUUUAACUGACAUGUAUCUCAUUAUGUCACUGAAUGGAAGGAUAAAGUAAUAAAUUAUCAGUACCAUUGGUGACACAACACAGACCUCCUGGUGAUUAACAGCAAUGAGCCGUGACUGCAGGAAAUGUAUUGAUAUAACAAGCCAACUGAACCGUGAACUGAUUGUGUAUAAGACUUACCGAGUGUGAAAGUGGAAGGUAUUUUAUGUAAGGAAUACUUAGAAAUAUAAAGUGAAGGGUUGUUUGUGUGAUUAGUGGAUGAUGAACUUUGACCAGUAUCGAUAGUUAAGAAAUCCCCCCCUUUACCAAACAGUAAAAAAGGGAAAAGUGUUGUCAUGCUUCAGUUGUAAUUUGGUAAGUAGAUAAUAGUAAGAGGCAGACAUCUUCAUUUUACUGAAUAUCUUUUACAAAGUUUAUAUAGAUACAGUAUUUUAAACUCACAAAAUGUGCAAAGAUCACAUACAUUUAGAGACGGCCAUAAGCAUUUCAGACUAAACAAUGCAUGUCAAAAAUUCACCCAAAAUAUCAAAACUGGACAAUUGCUGGUGUUGUAAUAUGUGAUGUUAUAUCUUAUCUGUAUUGGGAAGGAAAUAGUUUAAAUGGGAAAAUAACAUCAUUUAAAUGGUAAUUAAAUUUCCAACACCAACCACUGUUUGAUGGUUGCUGCAAGUGAAUAUAUGAGGGAGGGAUAUUAUUAAAGAUGUGUGUAUUGUCUCUAUCAUUGUUCAUGGUCUUCAGUUAAGAGAAAGAAUGUGUGAUGAGUAUGGAUGCUUAGGUGUUCAACUGAUAUUAGUAAUUGUAUCACUGAUGUCUAUAUAUCAGUUCUAAUUCUUAAAUCUUUGUAUUUCAUGCUGUUGUAUGAGCAAAAACCAUGUUUCAAAGGAUGAUUUCAACUGUUUUUUGUGUGAACUGAACCAGACUCGUCCUAUAUUUGUGUGAACCAAACAAUACUUUAAAAUUUGGUGUUUUUGUAAAUUGAAAGUCCAAUUAACAAUAAUUGUUGUAAACCGGAUGUGGAAUAAGACCUUGAUCCAUUGUCUAAGUGGCUGUCACUAUAUCUUAUUGUGGGGGUCAGUAUAUAGGGCAGUGAGAGAACUGUGAUAGUAUACUUAAUAAUAGUUAGUGAUGGUAAGUUCUGCUGGUCAUUUUUGAUGGUCAGUUAGAAGUGAUUUAAUAAUAAGUAGAAGUAUGUCAGUGUGCUGAGUGUGAUGAAGUGGUUAAUUCUGACCAGUUACUGGUCACUUAGAGGACUUGUCAUCUGCUGGUGAAUUGUAGUGCUGAUAUUGUGAUAGUUAUAUACAUAAUUUGUUUUGAGUGUGAUCACACGUAAUCUGUGAUCAUUGAGUCACAAUGAUACUAUUAUGUUUGUGUUGAUAAUACUCUUAUCGACUUUGUGUAUUUAUUUGUCAUGAGGUGAGAUCUUUCUGUACAGUGUAUUAUAUACUGUAAAAACAUACAUCACUGUUGCCAACUUUGUUUCUGUAGAGGAUUAUAUGUCUUUAUAUACAUCUAUAUAUGCAUCUAUAUAUAUAUAAAUUGUUCUUCCAUAGAUCAUUACCUCGCAUCAUUUUGUAUAUUUAUCACGAACAUUCACAUUCAUCAAAAUUAAAGCUAAUCCGACAUUCUUGUCUUAAUCUAUGUUGAAACUUUACAGCUUAUCAUCUUUGUCACAUUUAAAUUUUGUGUCCUUGAAUUUGUUUUUGGGAUUGUUCAAUGUAAAACAAUUUUCUAAGGCUGCCAUAACAGUUGUUGUAACUUACUUAAAACUAAUAAUUUCCAAACAUUUGUGUGCUAAAUUUAUCUAUAAAAACGCUGCAAAUGAAGUGUUAUUUCUACUGCAAAGGUCAUACACAGGAUUGCAGUCUUACUGAACUCCUUUGUCAUUUGGAAUGGUCUUUUAGAUCAAGGUUCUUUUAUCACAGGCCAGGAGGGAUGUAGAAUUGUAAUGUAAGUGCUAAACAUGAAGUUACUAGAUCUCACAUUCUAUAUUCUUACUCUGUAUCUGUUCUAGAAACAUCGGAUGUCCUUCCUUAUUCUGUAUCUGUUCUAGAAACAUCAGAUGUCCUUUCUUACUCUGUAUCUGUUCUAGAAACUUCAGAUGUCCUUCCUUACUCUGUAUCUGUUCUAGAAACAUCGCAUGUCCUUCCUUACUCUGUAUCUGUUCUAGAAACAUCAGAUGUCCUUUCUUACUCUGUAUCUGUUCUAGAAACUUCAGAUGUCCUUCCUUACUCUGUAUCUGUUCUAAAGACAUCGCAUGUCCUUCCUUACUCUGUAUCUGUUCUAGAAACAUCGCAUGUCCUUCCUUACUCUGUAUCUGUUCUAGACACAACAGAUGUCCUUCCUUACUCUGAAUCUGUUCUAGAAACAUCAGAUGUCCUUCCUUACUCUGUAUCUGUUCUAGACACAACGGAUGUCCUUCCUUACUCUGAAUCUGUUCUAGAAACUUCAGAUGUCCUUCCUUACUCUGUAUCUGUUCUAGAGACAUUGCAUGUCCUUCCUUACUCUGUAUCUGUUCUAGAGACAUCAGAUGUCCUUCCUUACUCUGUAUCUGUUCUAGAGACAUUGCAUGUCCUUCCUUACUCUGUAUCUGUUCUAGACACAACGGAUGUCCUUCCUUACUCUGAAUCUGUUCUAGAAACUUCAGAUGUCCUUCCUUACUCUGUAUCUGUUCUAGAGACAUUGCAUGUCCUUCCUUACUCUGUAUCUGUUCUAGAGACAUCAGAUGUCCUUCCUUACUCUGUAUCUGUUCUAGAAACAUCAGAUGUCCUUCCUUACUCUGUAUCUGUUCUAGUCACAACAGAUGCCUUUCCUUACUCUGAAUCUGUUCUAGAAACAUCAGAUGUCCUUCCUUACUCUGUAUCUCUGCUAGAAACAUCGGAUGUCCUUCCUUACUCUGUAUCUGUUCUAGACACAACGGAUGUCCUUCCUUACUCUGAAUCUGUUCUAGAAACUUCAGAUGUCCUUCCUUACUCUGUAUCUGUUCUAGAGACAUUGCAUGUCCUUCCUUACUCUGUAUCUGUUCUAGAGACAUCGGAUGUCCUUCCUUACUCUGUAUCUGUUCUAGAGACAUCGGAUGUCCUUCCUUACUCUGUAUCUGUUCUAGAGACAUCGGAUGUCCUUCCUUACUCUGUAUCUGUUCUAGAGACAUUGGAUGUCCUUCCUUACUCUGUAUCUGUUCUAGAAACAUCAGACGUCCUUCCUUACUCUGUACCUGUUCUAGAAACAUCAGAUGUUUUUCCUUACUCUGUAUCUGUGCUAGAAACAUCAGCUGUCCUUCCUUACUCUGUAUCUGUUCUAGAGACAUCGCAUGUCCUUCCUUACUCUGUAUCUGUUCUAGAGACAUCGGAUGUCCUUCCUUACUCUGAAUCUGUUUUAGAGACAUCGGAUGUCCUUCCUUACUCUGAAUCUGUUCUAGAGACAUCGGACGUCCUUCCUUACUCUGUAUCUGUUCUAGAGACAUCAGAUGUCAUUCCUUACUCUGUAUCUGUUCUAGAGACAUCGGAUGUCCUUCCUUACUCUGUAUCUUCUUGAAACAUCAGAUGUUCUUCCUUACUCUGUAUCUGUUCUAGAAAUAUUGGAUGUCCUUCCUUACUCUGUAUCUGUUCUAGAGACAUCGGAUGUCCUUCCUUACUCUGUAUCUGUUCUAGAAACAUCAGAUGUCCUUCCUUACUCUGUAUCUGUUCUAGAGACAUCAGAUAGAUCUGAUGAAUUCCAUUAUCAUUGGUUUUUGUUUCAGACAAUGGAUCUUUUUUUUGUAAAUUAAAUCAAACAAAUCAACAAAUUGAAAUUUCCCAGGUACAUGUAUAUCUGUUAUAUGUUAAUCAUAAUUGGUAUGUUAUCAUUUGUACAGAAAAUCAUUCUUUAUCUAAACUAUAACUUACAUAUACUAUUAUAUAUUAGUGCAAUAACAACGUUUUACAUAUUUCUGGGAUUUUGUAUGCUGUUUAUUGGGAUGAGUAAUGUGAUACUGCUUUCUACUGCUAAAGUUGUAGGACACGUGAAUGAGUUAGCUGUUCUACUGCUGGCUGUACUGGUGAAAUAUGCAUGUGUACCAAGCAUGCCAUGUCUUGCUCAUGUAUUCUUACAUGUGACUGAUAUUUUAGAUGGUCAAUGUUACAAAAUGUAAAGUAUAUUUAGAUUAUAUGCCACAUAGAAGGCCUGGUUCAUGUACAACUGGAUAUUUUGAUUUCUCUCUAAAUUAUUUGGACAGCCUUAUAAUGAUUACUGUCUGGUAAUGAUUUUCGGGACAUGAUGAAAGUUUGUAAAGAUAUUGAUACUGUUCUGUUAAUAAAUACUACGUGAUGGGAAAUUAAAAAAAAAAUCCAAUUAGGUUAACUUUAUAGGUAAAACUCCAUCAGGAUGUUCACAGAUCUAUUUUCGUUAUUGACUCAACUUAGAACAUGGUGAUUGUAGUGUAUAUAGCCUGAUUAAUUAUCAUUGUAAACAGGUGAAAGUAUGUAUUUUGUUUCUGUCUUUCAUCUGUCUUUAUGUUUUAAUACUAGCCAAGAGCUGAACAAAAAAGUGCUGUCGUGUUCAUCAACUUUGUGAGAGAUGUGAGAGUGUAUACCAGUCAUUAUAUAUCAGUAGUCAUCUAUACAUGGCUGUCUUCUAUACUACUGUCAUACAUUUUUUGGUAUGAUUAAAAUGUAUUUUUGUAAA